AUGAGCGUCGCCCAAUAUGGCAAGAGGUUUCCUAUUCUGUUACAGAUACCGUCGCAACGCGGACAGGUCGAAUUGCUUGAAACUAUUGGAAAGGGAAACUAUGGAUAUGUAUACAAGGGUCGUUUGGUCGCAUCUCAAGAGAUCACUGCUGUCAAGGUCGUGUUUCUUAAGGAGGACGAGUUACGCGAAACGCUGUUGGAAAUGGAAAUCCUGAAAAUGUGCUCGCAUCCUAAUAUAACGAAAUAUAUGGGAUGCUUUCUGAAAGGACUUGAUCUAUGGAUUUGUAUGGAGUUUUGUGGUGGUGGUGCACUAGACUCACUAUAUCGAGCAUUACGCAAACCAUUGACAGAAGAUCAAAUCGCUACCAUCAUGUACGAGUCCAUAAGGGGAUUGGACUAUUUGCAUACCCAGGUAGCGUUGAUUCAUCGUGACAUCAAGGCCGGUAACUUGUUGUUGACUGAGGCUGGUGAAUUGAAACUAGCCGAUUUCGGAGUGUCUGCCAAGUUGAAUUCCGUUGGGGGUCGUGCAAGGACAUUCAUAGGAACACCAUAUUGGAUGGCUCCAGAAGUAAUUAUGACAGACCCAGAUAGCAGUACAUCUCGAUCAGCAUCAUACGAUGCAAAGGCCGACAUAUGGUCUAUUGGUAUCACAGCAAUCGAAAUAGCAGACAAAAACCCUCCUUUAUCUGACAUUCACCCUAUGCGAGCUCUCCACUUGAUUCCAACCUCUGAUCUAGGCCUCGCAAAACCAAAAUCCUGGUCCAAGUCUUUCGUAGAAUUCGUCAGUCUAUGCCUGACAAAAGAUCCACUGAAACGACCAACAGCCGCACAACUACUCGAUCAUCCAUUCCUAGCCAAAGUCAAGAAUGUCAAUCGUCAAAAGAUUUUGGCUGAACUUGUCGCCAGGGCUAAACUAGCUCGAGAGAAGAGAAAGGCUGGACAUGAUGUCGAAGAUGAUGAAGAGGAUGCGGAGGAUAAACGUGAAGAGGUUCCUGCUAAAGCUGUUGCAGAGACUAUGAGACAAGCUCAGGCUGCUAAGGCAGCUGCUAUGGCUCAGGCUAAUCAAUCACAGGCUCAACCUGCGCAGAUACAAGUGCAGCAGGCUCCACAGCCGUAUGGUCAACGUCCUUCUGCUCCUCAGGUUGUGCCAGCCAACGCUCCACCAGCAGAAUCUAGAUAUGUUGGACCAUUACUAGAGACUGUAGGAGAGACCAGAAGGCGUAUAUUAGAUCCAUUGCCUUUGGGUGGCCACCUGAAGAUUGAUGUUGUUACAGGUGAUGUCCUUGAUGGACAAUAUCUGUUGCUGGGUACUCCAAGCGGUCUUUUCUUUGUCGACACAUUCGUACCUAUUGAAAAGCAAAUCGCAAUACCACUGAUUCGAGAAGUCCGCUUCAAACAAAUCGCCAUUGUCGAAGAUUAUGGCUGUAUGAUUGCCUUGUCAGGCAAACACGACCAUGUCCGACAAUAUCGACUAGCAUCUAUACGUAAACUCAUAAAGUAUUUGCUUGGUGGUAACGCAUCACAAUUGGCCAAGUCCAAUAUGAAUCAUAGCUCGAAUCCUCAGAAUGCAAAGUCCCUAGACGAAGACGAUGUGUACGGUAAGGUGCUUGGUGACGCUGUAGAAGAUGAAGCCGCGUUGGUAGCUCGCUGGACGAGUGAUUACAUCAAGAUUCUGGCUACUCGAGACUCCAAUGAAUUUAUCAUCCAACGAACGGAAACCACUAUAUACAUGGCAGUACUAAUUAGACAGGAUAUUAUACUGUUUGAAUGGGCUCGAGAACCGUAUUUGAGAUUCAUGAAACUGAAGGCUUUUUGGUUGCCUGAAGCACCCAAGUUUAUUCAUAUAUUGCAUGAUGGACUUGUUGCUCGUGAAAUCUUUUUAGGGUACACGACAGAAGCCAAUUUAGUCAAUGUCGAUGAUUCCAAAGUUAAGGAGCUGGAAGUAUCAAAAGAAUUCUUGGCUCGAGCUGGAGCUGCACCAGCAACCGUGCCAAACUCCAAGGGUGCUCGAUGGCAGACGUGGGCCCAAAUACCCUUUUCUGAUGCUAAACGCUCCGAGAUACGAAAUGCUCAACGACCCACUGGUACCGUUAACCGUAAAUUAUUAGCUGUAGUAGGUCCAACUACCAUUCGGGAACCUCAAAUGGUGGAUCGAUUCUUCUUGGCUUCGUUUGGCAAACACACACGAGUAGUAGAUAUCUCGGGUCAACCCAUGACUGGUCCAGCUGCAGGUGGUUGGAGAGAAGGUGUGACAUGGAAUGAACCAUCGCAAGAACUUGUAUUACGACCAGUAUCUCAUGUUGCUUCUGUUGGAACACGACUGAUUGAAGUGGCUGAUUGGAAGACUGGUGAAAUGGUGCAGCGGGUUGCUAUUGGUAAUGACUUCGAAGGCUUGAAAGUAUUGUCAUCGCGGCCAGGAAGACUUUAUGUUCUAGCCAAGAGAAAAAGAUUACCUGGUUAUGUCUUUUGUUUGCGAGAAGUGGGUGUUGAAGCUCUUGCGCCUGGAUCAUCCGUAGUAGGAGCUGCUCAACCGUUUAGUAGUGGUGCUUCAUCAGGACCAGGUAGUAAUAGUAAUAUACCACCACAACAACCCAUUACCGCCAAUCAACUUGCUCCAUUACCACCCACACCAAACAUGGUAAAUAUGAAUGGUUUGAAUAUACCUGCUCCCGUACCGCCACCGAGACCUGAACCUUCAUUACCAGCCAUGGUCCAACAAAUGUCUAUUUCGCAACAACAACAACAACAGCAGCAACAGCAAUUACAGCCACAGCAACCCGUCAUAAAUACUCAACCCAUGAUGCAAGGAUACAGCAGCAAUAAUAGUAGCAACAAUAGCAGUCCAUACCAACAAUCCACACCACAAUCAUUCCAAAAUGGACAAUCUGGAUAUCAGCAAGCAAUAUCACCUCAAUAUCAUACUCCUGUAGGUGGCUCGCCCAUGGCUCCUAGUGGUGGUAGCGGUAUGAUGCAUCAGCAACAGCAGCAACCAAUAGAACGACAAGCAUCAGUAAAUUCCGUACACAACUCUUCAUCACACCAUAGUCAGCAAUCAUCCAUGGAUGGUCAACAACAACAGCAACCACAAGCACCACUGACACCGCCGAAACGAGGUAAUAGUAUCCACACAGCACCAGCUGUGCUAUCCGCUAUAAUGUCCUCUCCAAAUCAACCACGGGCGGCUGCUCAAGCUGCCUUGACGGGCCUACCGAUUCCGACGCGACAGUCAUCGGUUAGUGACGGUACAAGGUCAUUGAAUACUAGUGCUCCUGGUUCUCCUGCUUCGCAACGAGCUGUGUAUAAUCCGCCGUUGUAA